AAGUCGCAGGUUGCAGCUCGACUCACCUCUGAGUGACUCUCCGGUGUUGUCGGUGAACCGUCGUCACAUUUCCUCGCCAGGAGCCGGCGUGGUGAAGCAAGGUACCGGUUAAGAAAAGGGGGGUGAAGUCAUGUUCAGACUCCUCAGUCACCAAGGUAAGAGGACGCGGAGCUGCCUCGCAGGCCAGCGGCGCUAUGAGCACCACAGGGCCGUCAUGGCCAUCCGCCGCGAGGACAUCAACCCCUGGGAGAGGAGGGCGCCGCUCGCCCCGCGCCAUGUCAAGGAGCUCACCAACGCCGGCGUCAAAGUCCUGGUGCAGCCGUCCAACCGCAGAGCGAUCCACGAGAAGUACUACAUGAAGGCCGGGGCCGUCAUCCAGGAGGACAUUUCGGAGGCGUCGCUGAUAAUCGGAGUGAAGAGGCUGCCGGAGGAGAAGGUCAUUCCCAGGAAGACGUACGCUUUCUUCUCCCACACUAUCAAGGCUCAGGAGGCCAACAUGGGGCUGCUGGAGGACCUGCUGAAGAAGGAAGUUCGUCUGAUCGACUACGAGAAGAUGGUCGACCCUAACGGCUACCGCAUCGUAGCGUUCGGUCAGUGGGCCGGCGUCGCAGGAAUGAUCAACAUCUUGCACGGACUGGGGCUGCGCUUCCUGGCUCUCGGCCACCACACUCCCUUCAUGCACAUCGGCAUGGCUCACAACUACAGGAACGUCAGCCAGGCCAUCCAGGCAGUGAGGGAUUGUGGGUACGAGAUUUCCAUGGGCCUCAUGCCCAAAUCCAUCGGCCCCGUCACGUUCUGUUUCACCGGAACCGGCAACGUCUCCAAGGGAGCCCAGGACAUCAUCAACGAGCUUCCUGUUGAAUACGUUGAACCUCACGAACUGAAGGAAGUCUCUGAGACUGGAGACAUGACCAAAGUUUACGCCACCGUUCUGAGCCGACACCAUCAUCUGAUGAGGAAGAGCGACGGCAUCUACGACCCCAUGGAGUACGAGAUCCACCCGGAGCUGUACACCUCCCACUUCAGGACCAGCGUGGCGCCGUACACAACCUGCCUGAUCAACGGCAUCUACUGGGAUCCCCACACCCCUCGACUCCUCAGGCGAAUGGACGCCCAGAGGCUGAUGAGACCUCCCAAAACCCUGUCUGUAGCCAGCGGCGGGUCGCCGCAGCUGCCGCACAAGCUGCUCGCCAUCUGCGACAUAUCAGCCGACACCGGCGGCUCUAUAGAGUUCAUGAACGAGUGCACCACCAUCGAUAAGCCUUUCUGUAUGUACGACGCCGACCAGCACAUUGACCACGACAUCGUGGAGGGAAUCGGGAUCCUCAUGUGCUCCAUCGACAAUCUUCCCGCUCAGCUCCCCAUCGAGGCCACGGAGUACUUCGGAGACCGACUCUUCCCCUACAUCUGGGAGAUGCUGCCGUCAGACGCCACCAGACCCCUGGAGGAAGAGGACUUCAGCCCGCAAGUCAGAGACGCUGUCAUCACUUCAAACGGAGUUCUCACCCCAAAGUUUGAAUACAUCGAAAAACUUCGAGAAAGAAGGGAGAAGGCUGAGAUCAUGAAGAAGAGCGGGAUGAAGCGAGUCCUGCUGCUGGGCUCGGGAUACGUCUCCGGACCCGUUGUGGAAUAUCUGACCCGCGAUGAGAGGACCCAGGUCACUGUGGCGUCAGUGCUGCUGAGGCAGGCGGAGGAGUUGGCGGCCAAAUAUCCCAACACCAUCCCCGUCACGCUGGACGCCAGCAGCCAGGAAGGACACCUCGACUCCCUGAUCAAAGACCAUGACUUGGUCAUCAGCAUGCUGCCGUACUCCUUCCACCCGCUCAUCGCCAAACACUGCAUCAAGAGGAAGGUGAACAUGGUGACAGCCAGCUACCUGAGUCCGGCCAUGAAGGAGCUGCAGAGCAGUGCGGAGGAGGCGGGCAUCACCAUAGUGAAUGAGAUGGGCCUGGACCCAGGUAUCGACCACAUGCUGGCGAUGGAGUGUAUCGACCAGGCUAAAGCCGACGGCUGCACUGUGGAGUCCUACAGCUCGUUCUGCGGAGGUCUUCCUUCUCCUGAAUGUUCGGACAAUCCUCUUCGCUACAAGUUCAGCUGGAGUCCGUACGGCGUCCUCCUCAACACCAUCAGCCCCGCCAUCUUCCUCAAAGACGACCAGGUGGUGAGCAUCCCGGCCGGCGGCUCUCUGAUGGACUCCUCCACGCCGAUGGACUUCCUGCCCGGUUUCAGCCUGGAGGGAUUUCCCAACCGCGACAGCACCAAAUACGCCGAGCCGUACGGCAUCCAGAGCGCACACACACUGAUCAGAGGAACACUGCGCUUCAAGGGCUUCUCCAAGGCCAUGAGUGGUUUUGUCAAACUGGGUCUGAUUGACAGCGAGCCUUGCCCCGUCCUGCAGCCCACUUCAUCUCCCGUCUCCUGGAAAGAUCUCCUCUGUAAGCAGAUGGGAUUGUCCUCGUCUAUGUCCCAUGAUGCCUUUGAAGAAGCCGUAUACGAGCGCAUCGGAAAGGACGACUUCAGGAUGGACACGCUGAGAUGGUUUGGGAUGCUGAGCGACGAGGCGGUGCCUCACGCCGACAGCGUUCUGGCUGCUCUGGCAAAACAUUUGGAAGCCAAACUGUCAUUUGAUAAGGGCGAGCGAGACAUGAUCGUCAUGAGGAACGACGUGGGGCUUCGCCACCCGACGGGCGAGCUGGAGACCAAACACAUCAGCCUGGUAGUGUACGGCGACCCCAGCGGUUUCUCUGCCAUGGCCAAGACUGUAGGAUACCCAGCAGCCAUUGCUGCUCGCAUGGUCCUUGAUGGUGAAAUCAAUACGAAGGGUCUGGUGGUUCCAAUGACAAAGGAGAUCUAUGGGCCGGCGCUGGUCCGACUGAAGGAGGAAGGACUGCACUUCAUGUCCAAAAGCACCCUGGAGGAGUAGAGCCGAUAAUCCUAUCCAACACCUCCAGAGAUAAUGUACAGAAUCCACACGCUAUUAGCUGCCUUUUCACCAAUUUGCUGCUGAUAAGCAAAGUUAUUUUUAGUGUUUAAAUGAAACUUGGACUAUUUGAUGAUGCUUUAAAACCCCGUUUGUUAGGUCAAAAAGCUGAAAAGGCAGCUGGUGAUGAUAAUCAGUUAUAAGUUCAGAGAUCAGUUUAAUAUGAGCAUCCUUAGUUUGGCUGAAUUUGCAUCUGUGCCAAGCUGAAAUCACUUUUUCACCGGCGUUGACUGUUACAGAGAAAAUUUCUUCUGUGAAGAUGUGUAAAAGGUCGACAGAUCAAACACUAUUUUAGGCAUUAGAAAUUUAAAGCAUUAAAAAAGCACAAACAUCUCUCAUUAUACCAGCAAAACUACUGUAGAAACAAGGUCUGACUGAGAUUGAGACUACAUUUCCCAGAGACUAUCACCUAUUAAAAACAAGAUAAAAAGUGAAGCUUUCCCACAGGGGGAAUGUUGAGUCUACGUCAGUCUAUUAGGAAUCAACAAAGCUGUUAAACCUUUCCAUGUUUUAACUGUCCUUAUUCCCUGUUAGCUUAAACAGCAUCUGCAAGCAAGACAUCGCCUUAGUUACAGACAGUGUUUCUACAAAAACAUGUUAACAGUUCUCACCCACUAUAUAAUAUCACAUUAUGUACCGUUCAGUGUGAAGUCUAACGAAGCCGAGAGCAACUGCUAGUGAUUAUUUUCAGCUGGUUUGUUCAAGAUCAUGAGUAUUAUUUUAUUUUUUGCUGGUAAAUAAUUUGUGUUGCUUAAACAACAUGUAUGGAAUUUAAUUACCUCCCAAAUUACUUCAAAAAUAUAUGAUAAUACUACAAAUUAGUAUGAAAGUAUGAAAUCAGUAUCUAUUGGCCACCACUUAAUUAUCUCGUUAUUUUGAGAUUGUUUACAUAACAUAACAAAGAUCAGAAAAUUUGCGACUCUAACCUCUAUAGGGAUUCUAUCUAAAACAACACUGCACAUUUUAAAGACACAAGGUUUGUCUCCUUUUUCUACAGAAAAAAAAGAAGAAGAAAUGAAUAAAUAAAUACAAUUAAAACUGUAAACAUAAGGGCGUUAUGGCAGUUGAAAAGAUAGUGAAGCAGCGAUGAGUCUUUGACUGUUAAAGCUAAUGUUAGUGCUAGCUAGCUGCUAGCUAGUUACUACUGGAGCUAGCUAGUAACUGACAGACAGUUGGUCGAAAGUAGAGUAGUCAAAAUCUGUUAAACUUUUUAUGUACAUCAUUUUUCUGUUUAUGUUUUUAACCUUAAAUACUCUGACUCACGACCUCCAGGAUUCAGAAUUGACAUUGUUUUGUCAUGUCAUUUUAUGAAGCUAAUGUUAGCUUCUCCUGUGAGCCUGUUAAGCUAAUGAUGGUUUCACUGAAGCUAAUGUUACCUCACCAACAAAAGUGGAGAGCAGCUAACAGUGUCAUUGAUGUCACGACAUGGUAAUACUUUACUAUUAGUCCCCCAUUUCAACAUUUAAAAGCAGUAUUUAAACAUUUACUACAUUUUAGUUUUAUUAACCACAGGUUUUAGGUGCUUUGCCAGGUGUGACCUACCUGCAGUUUGUCAGCAUUACCAGCAGAUGUAUGCAGCUGUUAACAUUACACAUAACGUCACUUUCGUCCAUGAUUACAUUUCAAUAUAUUAAAGUCAAGUUUACCGCUAAUGUUAUAUCUCAUUAGCUAAAUUGGUCACUAUUCCUCUAGAAGUUUACUUAUAAGUCAGUAAAAAAAAAAACACAGGGAUCUCAACAAGUAUCAUUAUUUUAUCUGAUUUAUUUUCAUAAUACAAAUGUAUUUUGUUUUAUACCACAUAGACCACAGUUGUGCGGGUAAAUUUAUAUAGAAUAGCUAUUUAAAUUUCAAUCACAAUAUUGUUUAGAAAAAUCCAAAUUGAAAACAUUGAAUUUAAAAUUAUCUUAUUGGAUAUUAUCGCAAAAAUAAAUACGAGCACUACAAAUCUUUGGAAUAUUAUUUAUUAACUCAUGAUCGAUUCGGUAACUGAAACAUGAUCAGUAACAGCAGCACUUGGCUAAUGUUAAGCGCAGAAGUACAAGUCUUGAUUUGUUUUGAAUUUGUUUUGAAGAGUGAAUUCUGUAUUUGCGUUAAGUUUCCCAGACUGAUGAGUAUUUAUUGUUUGCCACCUGAGCAAUAUUUAUUUUAUUUUUGGGGGUUUUGUGUGGUCACCUUAUAAACGGUUUGUUACAUACUUUAAAUGGAGAAAGAAAACCUAAUGUUGUACCUGAGAUAUAUUUUUUUAAAUAAUAUAUCAAUAUGUUUUCCUGAUAUUUGGUUUAUAUGUUAGCCUCCAGAGGGUUUUAACUGCAGUGUGUUGUUUGAGAUUUUGGUAGAUAUGCAGGUUUGGAUCUGAAUGACACACUUGACUUGAAAAAAGAGAGAAUUUAAAUCAAAGUUUUACAAAUUCAUGUGAAACUAUAAAUCCCAUCAACACUAACACAUUAAUGUUUGUCAAGUUGAAUAUUAAUAUCAUAAAAUAUUAAUGAGUAUUGAUUUGAUUUUACUCACUGAUUUAAACCUCCAACACGAACACGGUUUUUAUUUUUAUGUUUAAUUUUUUGUUUUGUCUGUAAUGUCUGAUUUGACAUUUAAGCAAAUUCAUGAUUACAGAACUCAUGUUUGUUUGUAAAAGCUUGUUUUGAUAGCGCAUUUUUACUUUAUGAAAAUGUAAAAAUGGUUCAAUAAAAAAUCGCUUUGUGAAUAUC